AUGAACCUUUCACGUAAAAAUCUGAUGCCUUCUCCUUCUGCUACCGAAUUGGAAGAGGAUGAUCCCACUGUCAAACUUCAACCAACAAAGUUAGAAGAAUACUUUUUCCCUUCGCAUAGGCUUAAAACUCGCCUCGAAGGAAGGGAUGUGCAGACUGCGAACGAAACAAAAGAGCCAGUAAUUAUCGUCGCUUGUGGAUCUUUUUCACCAAUUACAUACCUCCACUUGCGGAUAUUUGAAAUGGCAAAGGACUACAUACUGGAGAAUACAAACUUUGAGAUUAUGGGUGGUUAUUACUCUCCAGUAUCCGAUCACUAUAUCAAAGAAGGGCUUGCGCCUUCUUACCACAGGGUUCGAAUGUGUGAACUCGCAGUAGAAAGAACCUCCCUGUGGCUGAUGGUUGACGCAUGGGAGAGUUUACAGAACGAAUACACUAGAACCGCUUUAGUCAUGGACCAUUUUAAUGAGGAGGUGAAUUUGAAGCGUGGGGGUGUAAUGAUGGCAGAUGGUCGAAAACGAAAGGUUAAAAUUAUGCUUUUAGCCGGUGGAGACCUAAUCGAAUCAUUCAAACCAAAUCUUUGGCUUGAUGAAGACCUUCACCAUAUUUUGGGAGACUAUGGUGUUCUUGUGGUGGAAAGAACCGGUGCCGAUGUGUGGGGAUUUUUGUUAUCACAUGAUAUACUUUAUCAACACAGGAAAAAUGUUUAUAUAAUUAAACAAACGAUAUAUAAUGAUAUUAGUUCAACGAAAGUUCGUUUGUUCGUCAAACGGGGAAUGUCCAUUAAGUACCUACUCCCUAAUUCAGUGAUCAAGUACAUCUACGAGAAUGGGCUUUACACGAAAUAA